GGGGUUCGACCGCCGCUAGGCGGAGAGCGAGGACCUCGGACGUGCGCCGAGAGGCGCUACAUGGUCGACUUCAACGAGAGCGAGGGCGAGUCGGCUAUCUUGGUUGUGAGAUCAACAAGGGGCGUCUGGUUCGACAACCCCCACGUGUUCCAUCGGAGCCUCGCAAAGGUGCCAAUCAGCUUUUGUUUCGCGCCUGAGGAGGGGGCCCAGGUUCAGACCGAGCUCGGGCCAACGGCUUCCGUCAAGGCCUGCAUCACGUCGCUGCCGCCUUCGCUCCUCGGAGCUGAGGCGUGCGGCGUCAACAACGACGUCGUUGUGAAGGAGGAGGCCGCCACUCAGGAGCCAGGCCGCCUCCGAGGAGGCCGUCGUCGCCGAGGAGUCCGCCACCGAGGAGGCGACCAUCAAGCGACCAUCAAGUCCGCCGCCGCCGAGGUGUCCGCCGCCGUAGAGGCCGUCGCCGAGGAGGCUGCGAAGGAG